AUGUCUUUUUUAGAUCAGCUUCAGGAACUUUCAACAAAGUCUAAGUGCUUUAACGCUGCAUGCUGGGGUAUCUUUGGGUUUGGGGUCAUAAAAUUGACCACUUUGAUCCUGAGAUGCAUGGCUCUUUUUGCUGAUUUGUACAUUUUACCACCAGUGAAUUUCUCAAAAUACGGUGCGAAAAAGGGCGCUUACUGUGUGAUCACCGGUGCGAGUGAUGGGAUUGGUAAAGAGUUUGCUUACCAAAUGGCUUCUCGUGGUUUCAAUGUUAUUCUGAUUUCAAGAACAAUCAGCAAGUUGGAAGCAUUGAAAGAGGAAAUUGAGAAGAAGUACAACGUUCGGGCCAAGAUUUUGGCUGUGGACAUCUCAGCAGAUGACAGUUCCAACUACACCAAAAUUAGACAGAUAUGUGACAGCUUGCCAAUUACCGCGUUGAUUAAUAACGUUGGCCUGUCUCACUCGAUUCCAGUCCCAUUCUUAGAGACCGAAGAAGACGAGUUGAGAAACAUCAUUACCAUCAAUAACACUGCAACUCUGAUGAUUACCCAGAUUGUUACUCCACAUAUCAUCCAAUCUAUUAAAUCGAAGCAGGCUUCCAGGGGGUUGAUCCUUACCAUGGGCUCCUUUGGUGGGCUUAUCCCCACUCCGCUAUUAGCGACCUACAGUGGAUCUAAGGCGUUCCUACAGAGUUGGUCCAAUUCCUUGGCUGGUGAACUAUCUGGGGAUAAAAUUGACGUUCAAUUGGUUCUAUCCUACUUGGUUACGAGCUCUAUGUCCAAGAUUAGAAGAACUUCGAUGAUGAUUCCAAGUCCAAAGAAAUUUGUCCAGUCAACUUUGGGGUCCUUCGGUAGACGUUGUGGUUCUCAAGAAAGGUAUGCCACUAUGACACCGUUCUGGUCCCACGCCAUUUACGAGUUCGUCAUCGAUGAAACUUUCGGUGUCUACUCGAAGAUUGUAAACGCAAUCAACUACUCAUUCCACAAGUCCAUCAGGACGAGAGCUUUAAAAAAAGCUGCGACGUUGGCCAAGCAACAGUAA